CAUCCUCAGGUCCAAGAUGGCGGCGGUGGCGGCUCCUACGGCUCCAUCUCCGCCUCCCCCGCCCCCGUCGGGCCCGUGCUGCCCCGGCUCGUGGCCGAACUUCGCCGUGGUCUGCUCCUUCCUGGAGCGCUACGGGGCGCUGCUGGACCUGCCCGAGCUGCCCUUCCCCGAGCUGGAGCGCGUCCUGCAGCCGCCGCAGGAGCCCGGGGACCAGGUUCCAAAAGAGUUGGUAGAACUUCACUUGAAACUGAUGAGGAAGAUUGGGAAGUCUGUCACAGCAGACAGAUGGGAAAAAUACUUGAUCAAGAUAUGCCAAGAGUUCAACAGUACUUGGGCAUGGGAGAUGGAGAAGAAAGGAUACCUGGAAACGAGUGUUGAAUGCAAAUUGGGAAUUCUGAAGUACCUCUGUGAGUGUCAGUUUGAUGACAAUCUAAAAUUUAAGAAUAUCAUUAAUGAAGAGGAUGCUGAUGCUAUGCGUCUCCAGCCAAUUGGUCGAGACAAAGAUGGUCUAAUGUAUUGGUACCAGCUGGAUCAAGAACAUAAUGUGAGAAUGUACGUAGAAGAACAGGAUGACCAGGAUGGGUCUUCUUGGAAAUGCAUUGUCAGAAACCGAAAUGAGCUAGCUGAGACGCUUGAGCUUUUGAAAGCACAAAUCGAUCCUGCACUGUUGAAAAAGAGCAACCAGCAGGACAGCUCCUCACGUGAAAGCCCUAGCAUAGAAGAUGAAGAUAGCAAAAAGGAGGAAGAAAUAUCUCCACCAGGAAAUGAAUUAAAAAUAAAAGAAGAGGAGAAGAACAUGGAGGAACAGUCAAAGGAAUUGGAAAGCCUUCCUCCACCUACAGUUCCAGCAGAUGAAAACAUGAUGAAAAUGGAGAAAGUGGAAGAAAAGGAAAUUAUAAAACUGCCAGUCAUAGUAAAGCUAGAAAAACCUUCAGAAAACAGUGAGGAAAAGCAGAUUACCAAAGAAGAAAAUGAUUCCUUUAAAGAAAAUGUCAAGCCUGUUAAAGCAGAAGUAAAGGAAAAUAAAGUAGAACCAAAAGAUUUAAAAGACGUUAAAAGCAGCACAGAUAAAAUAACAGUACAUGAGCCUGAGAGAUUAGAGUUUUGUGUCAAUGUCAAAACCCCUCAAGAAGUUGUGGAGAAAUCUGCAGAAGAAAGUGAGAAACUUAAAAAUGACCAGCAGGCAAAGAUACCACUGAAAAAGCGAGAGAUCAAGCUGACAGAUGACUAUGACAGCCCAAUAAAGGGGUCCUUGUGUAAAUGUGUUACUCCAACAAAGGAUGUCUUGAAAGAGGAAGGAAAACCAGAGGAGGAGGGUUUUAGACGAGUGCCUACAAUCACUGCUUUAUGUCCUGAUGGGAAAUUGCUAGUAAAUGGAGAGGUUACCAGUGAAAAAGUCGCCCAAAAUGUCACCCAAAAUAAUAAGUCAGAACAUUCCAUUAGCACAAAGGAAGACAGCAGCAGCUCAUCGAAGGAGAAAAAUUGCAUAAGUGGGGGGAAAAUAUCAGACUCUUUAAACUCUGUUAGCAAAAUUGUGAAAACAUAUGAAGAUGAGAAAAAUGUGCCUACCGACAAAGAGGUAGCUGCUACGAUCUCUGAGGUUUCUAAUCAGAAAGUGCCUUUAAAGGAGGAAUCUAGUCUUAUGGAAAAAGAGUCCCUCAACAGUAUGACUUCUGAGGUGGCAAUGGAGGACUCGUGGAAAGCAGGCUACUGCCCCAAGAAACCUGAAGAAAAAUUAGCUUUGAAAACUAGGAAGGACAGACGACCACCACUCAAAGAAUGUUUAGAAAAGCUGGAAAAGUCCAUGAAGACAUCCACUCCUAAGGAGCCACCCAAGCUUGAUCUAACAGAUGAAGAGGGUUUGAAAAGUAAACAUGAACUGGAGAAGAAAUCUGACUCUCCAAAAGCAGCUGAAACACCUCCAUCAUCUAUUCCUCCUGUUCCUUCCGAGAAAUCUGCUUUAGAAAAAGAGGGCUCAGAUUCCAAAAACAUACUUCCUGAUGAAAGCAAAGUUCAGGAAGGAUCAGAUUCAGAAAAACAAAAGGAGGAAUUUGAAGCUCCCCGGACAGAACCAGAUAAACAAGAUAAUGCCCAAACCUCUAAUAUAGAGGAGUCUUCAGAGACUAAAAAGGAAUCUGCAGUACAAAAAAGCAAAUUUAAAUAUAAACUGGUUUCUGAAGAGAACAUCUGUGUAACAGAUAACAAGGAAAUAACCUCCGAGAGGCAGAAGGAAGGGAUCAAGUUAACCAUCAGGAUCUCCAGUAGAAAGAAAAAGCCUGAUCCACCUCCGAAGACUCAGGACACCGAGCAGAAGGAAGAGGAAGAAGUCAAUGUUGGUCGCACUUUAAGGAGGUCUCCAAGAAUAUCUAAACCUACUCCAAAAGUGGUGGAGACUCGGGAUCAGAAAACUGACAAAAAACGAGGUGAAGAAGAGGAGGAGAAAUUGGCAGUGCUGCAAAAGCAAGACCGAAGAGAGGAUGUGAAAAAACAAGAGAAGGAGUCCAAUUCUAAAGUGAGCAAGGUCACACAGAGAAGCAAAGUGCGGUGGACAGGAACUCGAACUCGUGGCAGGUGGAGAUAUUCAAGUAAUGAAGACAGCGAGGAGUCUGAGACCGAAGAAAACUCUGAGGAGGAAUCUGAGGGGGGAGAGGAAGAAGAGGAACCUGCACCUGCUGAUGAUGAUGAACCAUGCAAGAAGUGUGGCCUUCCCAAUCACCCUGAGCUAAUUCUGUUGUGUGACUCUUGUGACAGUGGAUACCACACAGCCUGCCUUCGACCCCCAUUGAUGAUAAUCCCAGAUGGAGAGUGGUUCUGCCCACCUUGCCAACAUAAAUUACUCUGUGAGAAGUUAGAAGAACAAUUGCAAGAUCUGGAUGUUGUCUUGAAAAAGAAGGAGCGGGCAGAGCGAAGGAAAGAGCGAUUGGUGUAUGUGGGUAUCAGUAUUGAGAACAUCAUCCCACCACAAGAGCCAGAAAUACCAGAAAGUCAGGAAGAAAAAAAGAAAGAUUCCAAAAAGUCAAAAUCAAAACGGCUUGAAAGGAGGUCUACUAGAACACGGAAAUGCAUAAGUUACAGAUUUGAUGAAUUUGAUGAGGCAAUUGAUGAAGCAAUAGAAGAUGAUAUCAAGGAGGCCGAUGGAGGAGGUGGUGGCAGAGGCAAAGACAUGUCUAAUAUCACAGGUCACCGGGGAAAAGACAUUUCCACCAUCCUAGAGGAAGAAAGGAAAGAAAAUAAGCGGCCACAAAGGGCCGUUGCAGCACGUCGCAAGAAACGACGGCGACUGAACGACCUCGAUAGUGAUAGUAACCUGGAUGAGGAAGAGAGUGAGGAUGAGUUCAGGAUCAGCGAUGGAUCUCAGGACGAGUUUGUUGUAUCAGAGGAAAAUCCAGAUGAAAGUGAAGAUGAUCAGCUGUCAAACGAAGACAGCGAUACAGAGUUCUGUGCCCGUAGACCCAGGCGACACCACUCCAGGCCAAUGAGACAAAGCAGGCGGUUACGAAGAAAAACAGUAAAGAAAAAAUAUUCAGAGGAUGAUGAAGAGGAAGACUCUGAGGACAAUUUAAGUAGGGAGUCUGAAAGUGGUGAUUACACAGAUUACAGUGAUGAUGAUUACCUGGAAACUAGGCGGAGAAGAUCAAGGCGGAAUCAGAAGAGACAAGUUAACUAUAAGGAGGAUUCAGAAAGCGAUGGCUCACAGAAAAGUGUUCGAUACGGAAAGGAGCUAAGACGACUUCAUAAACGCAGGCUUCCCAGUUCAGACAGUGAAGAGAGCUACAUGUCCAAGAACUCUGAAGAUGAUGAACCAGCAAAGGAAUCAAAGCAGUCUAUUCGAAAACGUAGCCGAAGUACAGACGAAUACUCAGAAGAAGAAGAAGAGGAUGGGGAUGAACCAGAGGAGGGGAGACCUGUCCGCAAACGGCUGAAUCGAAUUGAAACAGAUGAUGAAGAUAACUGCGACAAUGCGAACAAAGAUGCAGAAAAGCCUGCACCUGCAAAUAAGCCGUCAGCACCUCAUGCUCCUCAUGACAGCACCAAGAAGCCCUGCUACCGGAUAGAAAGUGAUGAUGAAGAUGACUUUGAUAAUGUAGGGAAAGUAGAAAGCCCGUUGGACUACAGCCUAGUGGACUUGCCUUCCACCAAUGGACAGAGCCCAGGUAAAACUAUUGAAACCUUGAUUGGCAAACCAAGUGAGAAGACUCAAGCCCCCAAGGACAGCACAGCCAAUGCCAACCUGGCACCCAAUGGGACGGGGGGUGGGCAGGAGGUAGUAGGGCCAGAGGAAGAGGAGGAUGAACUUUUGAGAGUGACUGACCUUGUUGAUUACGUCUGUAACAGUGAACAGUUAUAAGACUUUCUUCCAUUUUUGUGCUAAUUUAUUCCACGGUAGCUCAUACCAGCGGGCCAGUUAUUAAAAGCUGUUUUAUUUUUCCUAGAAGACUGUCCACUACAGUAUCACUUUUUAGAAGCAAGAAUUUCACCAGUUCUGCAGUCUUUCUGUGAAGUGACCAGUUUUGAACUUUGAAGAUAAAUUGCUGUAAAUUCCCUCUUAAUUUUUUUCUCUCCUUCCAAGUCCAUGGUCCUGGGUAAUUUCAUUCACAAAAACCUUAUAACAACAAGAGAUUUGUAUAUUUUUGACUUUAUAUUUCCUGAAAGCAUACAAAUUUGUUGAAACGUGUGGCCUAUGAAAGCAUUCCAAAUCAGUCAGGGCCCAAAACGUAACUGGGGCAGGGGGCAGUGGGAGGCGGGAAUGGGGGCGUGUGUGCAGAAGCACUUGUGCUUUAGCUUUUUCAUAUGAGAUAUAUAUUAUAUUUAAAUGUUCACAACUUAGAUGACAAUUUAACAGACAGUUUAAAAAUUAAUGUCUCUACUGUUGCAUUUUGUGAGUUGUAGGUUAACAUACAUAGCUCAUUUUAGUAACCACCUUCAUGAAAGCAGCUUGAUUUAAGAUUGGAGAUAACCACAGUAAAUAAAGAGGCCAAGAAAGUACAAUAAACAAGAACUCUAGUAUCCAUUUUGACUUGCAGAGUUUCCUGAUAAACAUCCUUUAAAGUGUUUAUACAGUAAAGUGUACUGUAAUGAAGUUUUGACGGUCGAAACAUGCUAGCAAUGAAUUUAUAAAACAGUUUUUCCAUGCACAUUUCAUCAGAUGGCCUUUAAUGUACAGUAUCUGGUGGGAGGGAAUCUGUGUGAAGUUAGUUUGUAAAUGGGAUGAUACCAUGUGAGUGCUGUAAACUUUUUCAGAUGCCAGAACCACUGUAUAAAGUAACUGUCUGGCCGUUUGCGUUUUAAACCAGCUAUCAGAGUAUUUUGAAAGGAAUUCGUUUGUACACACUGCAUUGAUCACAGGAUUACAGCACAUCUGACGAUGGAGGGAUUUUCAAAUAAACCUCGACUGGUCCAUUCAUGCCCCUAAUAUCUACUUCAAAUUGAAGUAAACAACUGGAGCAGUUUUCCUUUUGGAGGUUUUCUGUUUUGGAUUUGUGUGUUUGUUUUGAUUUACUUAUCUGCCUGGAUGUACUAGCAGGUUUUGAAUGUAGUGUUGGCCUUUGGCCAUUAGAAUUUUCUUAAAAUACAUUUUAAUAGUUGUCAUGUGACCAACUGAUUUCAAGAAGGCAGUAUUUCUGGGAGAAAAUGCUUGACUCCAAGACAAUAUCUCAUCACUUUGAGUGGCAUGUACGUUAGCUCAAGUAUACAGAUUUCUUUUUUAACAGUUUAUUUGGCACAUAAUAGACAGUGAAGCUGAAGUUUGUUUUGGAUAGCACUCAGUUUUCUCUUGGCUCUUAAUUAAGAUGCAGGCUGUAAAGUUUAUACAUGUUGUAGCCCACAGCUAAAACAUAGCUGCCAAAUGUUGAAAUCUGAUAAGGUCACAUCUAUUAAACCUUUUGCGCUGAGAUUUGGAUUUCCCCCUCCCCCUCCCGGUGUUAUGUCCAUUGCCGGCAAUGGAUGCACUAAAUUUGCUGCUGGCACCAAGGAGUGAUUUCUCCUUCCUACUGCCACCCCCACCUCCUCAAUGUCGUAUUGACUAGUCAGUCAGUAGUUAAGCACUUCUAUUUCAUUGUAAUAAAGCUGGCAUUAGGCCUUUACUAAAUACCUCUCUAGAAAACCUAGAUCCAAAAAUACCUACCUUCUAGCCUUGAAAGUCCUUGUUUUUGUUUUUCCCCUCUGUCCAUGUUAGUUCUGUAGAACUGACUGCAUUAAUGUUAUUUCAUUGGGAUUCUAGCAGUUCAUACAUCCUCAUGUAUAAAAGUAAAACCAUCAAAGAUGCAAAAGGUUAGGACCCACUCAUCGUUUGCUAUGGUAAGCAAGGUUUGUGACUUAAGAAAAUGAGAAUUCACUUUUUCUUUCCAAAUAAGUUUAUUCCAUCUGAAUUUUUAAACAAAUAAUUAUUUCCACCAUGUCAAUUGAUAGUUAACAGGUUUUAUUAACAGAUGUUUAAACAGGGUAGUGCGAAAAGCCACAGAAGGUUAGAAAGUGUUCUUAAAAGCAUCUGUAGCAUUUUAAGCUACUAUUCAGUAUAUUCUGCUGCCUUUUUUUUUUUUUUGCUUAGGUGAUGCAACAAUGUAGUGCUGCUACAUUUCUAAUACACUUGUGUUUAAAAUGAUCAGUGACGUGGCUCCCAUUUUUCAAUGUUAGUAACUGUGCAUUUUUAGUAUUUGCAGUGCAAACUGUCUGAUUCACAUAUGCAAUACUCUGCGCAGCCAAGACUUCUGUUGUCUUUAGGCAGUGCCAUAACACUUUUGUUCUCUGACUUAGCCUUUUAGUAUCUGAUCAGUGCUGUAGCAGACAUUCUUGCUGUAGCAUUAACUCUGAAUUAUAGACAUCUCGUGGGCAACUAAUUUCAACGUAAGAAAAAUACAAAAGAGUUGGAAGUAUUGGAUACACCAACCAGAGAAAAAAAAUCAAAUAUUGUGUCUGAAUUGUGGGAAUGAUGUAAAAGCAGACAAUAUCAUAAAGUUCAGUCAGAACACUGGAACAGAGGAUCCAGUUGUUUUUCAGGUACUGUCAGUUCCAUAAAUAUAUACAUGAUUUUGAUGCUGCUAUGCAGCUUUACUUCCUGUAUGUCAGUUUUGUAGAUUGACCUUCUAUUUGAUUAAGAAAAAGUUCUCCCUGAUGUUAAUGUGAUCCCAAAGAGUCCAAGCCUAAAACCCUUACACAGGCAAAGCUCCCUUUUAUAUCAAUGGGAAUCCUAUCUGAGUAAAGACUGCAACAUUUGGCUCAAAGAGAGGGCUUACAUUUUCAGCCCUCUCCCAAUCCCCAGUUUUGAAGAUUUUCUGCUUGAUGGAAAAUGUAUAGUAUCUUAUUUGGGAAAUGGCACUUCCUGAUAAGAGCACAAGUGACCCCUAGUCAGAUGGUAAGGAUAUUUUCAUUAGUUCACACUAUGGAAAUGUCUUCCAGUUGAUUUGGUGUCAUGCGCAGAUUGUGUUCUACUGUAAUCUUGGUAAGGAAUGAAGUGCAAUGUUUUUGGAUUAUGUUAAUGUCCACAGGGAAUACUAAUCUUCAGCUGUUGCUUAAGUUAAUAAGCAAAAGAUCAAAUCGUUUUAGAAACACAAUGGAGACUUGCCUUGGGUUAUUUAAUGGAAUAGUUCCAACUGGAAAAGAAUAAGCAGAUAUCAAUCCUAUAUGUAAGGAUUUGAUUGCACAAACAGCUAUCCAUCAGGUUGUGACUAAAAGUUGCUAUGUUGCAGAUUUUUAAAUUGAACAUUAUUUAGUGCAGAACUGACUGGGAAAAAAGUUAAUGAAGUGCAGAUUAGGUUUUAAGCAGCAUUGGAGAGGGGAAGAAGCUACAAAUUGAGAGAAUUAAAGGAGGGAUGGAACUUUCUAAUCCAUUUCACAAAAAGAAGAGUGAUAUUUGCUGGCUUGAAAACCACUUGUAUGAGCAUUGGUGUCAAAAGUGUACAGUAAAUUCACUUCACGCUAGAUGGAUGUGAUGAAUUACAUUAACAAAGCCCGUAAUAUAGUAAGAACUUCACCAUGGCUAUUUUUGUCAUCUUUGAUUCUUCUAAAUGAGUGUAUUCCUGGUUUUAAAAAUCAAAUGUAGACACAGUGUAUGUCUCUUUGUUUAAUUAUGAGUACAGGAAGAUCAAUAUUAAACAAUGAACUCUUUGAGUAUUUGAUAGUUGAUUCAGAGUUAUGCACAUUAAAUUACGUGAACACAUUAACACAUCUUUUCUUUAUCUAAUGGCUUUUGCGUUUUAACUGCACUUGAGAAGAACAGUGAUGCUUUUUUCUAUAUUUUAUGUUUAUAAGGUAUGUCACCGUCUUUAAGACUAUCCUUUUGGAUUAAGGUGCCUCAGUUGCACUUCUGCUAAUGGAGGUUGGACUGUAUUCCGUUUGCUUCUGUUUUGUCUUCCCUGUGUCUGAACUCCUCCUGAGAGACUGACUUAUUCAGAGAACCUAAAGGCAACAUGUAUGUUCAUAAAAGAAAAAACCUUGGCAUGGCAAUCCAUUUGUUCUAAUUUAUCUUAGUAACUUUAUCAUUUGAACUAUGUGACUAUCCAAAUGCCAUAGUAGUUCAAUAAUUCUAAUAGUACACGGUCAGGGUGUCCAUUACCAAACCUCUGUUUUCAGGCAUUUCUAAUUUGGCAUUGAAAGCUCUUCUGCACGAAGGCUUGGCCCAACAGUCAUUUUUUUAAAACUUGCUUCCAAUCACAUACUUUCACAAACCAACUUUCUUAAAACUAAACAAGAUAAAGGUUACUUGUGUUUUUAAAAUCUCCUUUGUAUACAGUAAUUAAAUAAUAUUUCGUAGUCCUGCUAGUCCAAAAAUGGUCUGAUCAAGAUAUUUGUGUCAACUGGCUCAAAAUGGCAACAAGUGAUUGUGGUACAUGUGCAGUGACUACUGUUCACAGGUUUGUAUUAUAGAUUUUAAUACACAGGAUGCAUCCUAUGUGCGUAUUUAUGUAAGAAGAACACUUCCAGUCCAUUGGGUAAAUAAAACCUUUAAAAAAUUGUAUAUAAAUAAAUAUUAAAUCCUUCAAACAAAAACAAAUCUUUACUGGAAAAAAAUAUACUGAAUGGAGGAGGGAAGAAAGAAAGCAAUUCAUGUUAAGUAGUCCUGAUCUGCAAGUGCUUACACACAAGUGCGUCUAUGGAAGUUAUUAAGACUGUUUUUAGGAAUACAGGUUUGCAGGAUUAGGACUAGAAUUCUUGACGCAAUCUAGGAAAUCCUGGCUGCCAAUCUUAGCUUUUGAGUUUCACCCCUCACCUGAGUUAGGGGAUGGAAUGUUGCUUUUAACUGUUUUGGAAGUCAGGAAAUAUGAAGUGAGCAGAGAGAGGCCUUAAUUUUAGUUGAACUAAUGUUUGCAAUAUGUAUUGACCUAAAUUUUGAAAAAUGACUAAUGAUUUUGGAUGCCUCCAUUUUUGGGUGUCCAGUCGGAGACGUGUUAAAGACGCCUGACUUUUCAGAAACUGCAGAACACUCACUCACUGAAAAUAAGGCCACUUUGAGGUGUCUCCCAUUGGACAACCAAAAAUUGAGACACUGAAAAUUAUUAGUCCCUUUUUGAAAAUCAAGUCACUUACUAAGCUCUUAUUAUAACAUCAGUAUAACUGCCUGUUUGAAUGACAGAACUCCAAACAGCAAAAAACAAGGUUGUAUGGGAAUUGAAAUACCGUAUAUACUCAUUCAUAAACCGAAUAUUUUUGGUAAAGUGACGCAUCAAAGAGCGGGGGUUGUCUUAUAAACGGGUCUACACUGAAAUUUGAUGAUUUUAAACUCUAUGGAAUCAUUGAAUUGAAUAUCUAAUACAGGGAUUGGCAUCCUUUGGCCCCCGGCUCGCCAGGGUGCUUACCCUGGCGAGCUGGGCUGGUUUGUCCACCUGUGGGAGCCGCGAUCAGCCGAACCUGUGGAUGCGGCAGGUAAACAAAUCAGCCACGGACCAAAGGUUGCCGAUCCCUGAUCUAAUACAUUGUAGUUUUGUUUACCUGGAGCGUCUGCAGGCAUGGAGCCCCUCAGCGCCCUGUGGCCGCAGUUCGCUGAGGGGCUCCAUGCCUGCAGAUGCUCCAGGUAAACAAAACGUCCCGACCCGCCAGCGGCUUACCCUGACGGGCCGGGAGCCAAAGUUUUCCAACCCCUGAAAUGUAGGGUCGGCUUAUGAAAGGGUCAUACAGUUUUUGCUAUUUUUACCUAUCCAUUUUGGGGGGUUAGCUUAUAAACGAAUGGGCUAAUGAACGAGUAUAUACGGUAAUUGCCCAAAGCUUCAGAGUAAUUUAACUUAUUUAUACAUUCCAAAAAAUUUAUAUUACUUAGAACAACACUUAAAUUAUGUACAGUUUCUGAAGGAAAGAGUAGAACAUUCUAAAGUAGGUAAUAGGUCUUUACAAUUGAGAAUGUAGUGUAAAGGCUCCAGACACAAUUACAACUAUAAAAAAUCUGACAACCUGGGUUUUUAGGUAUCACUCUGUAAUUGCUUGCACCCAGUACCUGUUCUCAUGAGCGGUAGAGACAAGGGAAAUGCAGGCAGAGGGGACACAUUGCUUAAUAAUUGUACUUGUGGCUGUAAAUAUCUCUGAUUGCUACAAAUAACCCCAAAGGUUACCAACUAGAGCUGAGAGAUCAGAGGGGGAAAAUGUUGCUCUAUUUUUUUCCAGUUUGUUUACUGUGUGCACUGGAUAGCACUUUGUGUAUAGUCAGCCUCACUGUUUCCCAGGGCUAGUAAGAAAUUGUUUCCCCCUGUCGUUUUGAGUGGAACUUUAAAAUGACAGUACGGGACAGGAAGAAAAAAUAGCAAAAUGUGAUUGCAAACUCACGACCAUUUGCAGAAGGGGAUUCAGACAGGCAUAGUGUUGAAACAACUUGUAAUUCACUCUUAAAAACUGACAAUUUCAAAUUGACUCUGCCCUUUAACCCUCUUGACUUCAUUCCUAUCCCCAGAGCUGCAUAAAAAUCUGUGUAUGUUAGCAAAGGUGGUUUCCUACAACGGAUGAAUGAGUGCUAAAGGGUAGGUGUGGAUGCAGGGUUUUUUGGAGCAAUACAUUAGAUAUUAUAACACUGUUUGGCUUUGGCACAAUCAGAUGGAGGCCGUUCUGUAUGCUUAUCCCUCUUCUUAUGACCCAAACAGCUAUAUUGAUUUAUAAUAUUUAGCUUAGCCUGUUAGGAUGUAACAAGUUGUGGUAGCCAUGUUGGUUCCAGGAUAUGAGAGAGAAAUGGUGGGUGAGGUAAUAUCUUUUAUUGGACCAACUUCUAUUGGUGGAAGGUACAAGCUUUCAAACUACACAGAGUUCUUCAUUGGGUGUUUGAGCUAAAUACAAGUCGUGAUUUUUCUUUGUAGUUAGUCCCAACUUUUUAGCUCAGGCACUCUGCUUCCUUCCCCAGACCUGAAGAAAAGCUCUGCAUGUACCUUCCACCAACAGAAGUUGGUCCAAUAAAAGAUAUUAUCUCACCUUGACUCUCUCGGGACUUAACAAAUGAUUCUACAGGAAAAAAGCUGUUCUAUUGAAAGCCGUAAUAGGCCUAGUACUGGCACACCAUUUAUUAGCUAGAUGACUGUAAGGUUCUUAAUAGAUAUUAAUCUGCUACUAAAGUUAAUGUGGUAGUAAAGGAAAUCAAAUCAUAAAUCUUUUGCUUUUAAUUUCAUACUCAUUACAUUGACUCUGAAAUCUUGUACAGUGUCUUAUUCUUACAGUACAUUCAUUAAAAUGAUACUUCCCCCGAACUUGCAUUAAACUUCUUUUAAAUGCCAAUGGUUGCUAAUUUCUUACUUGUUUCACGGCCCUCCUUUAUAAUACAUAGCAGCUGUCAUAUGCUAGUUGCCUGAUUCGAAAAGUUUAAUAUCACUAUUUUAGUGUAUAAUGGCUAUCAAAUGGGCACGUUCUCUGUGUUUUAUACCUGAUGUUCAUGUCUCUAUUCACUGUCCCAGUAAAUUUAAUACAGAUUGCUUGCUAGCAGAAUGGUUGUUCCAAUACUCUGUGAUGAUUAGGUGAAAACUCCCAAAUAUGGUCUCUUAAAUUUUAAGAUAUGCUUACAUGAAAUACAGUUUUUGUCUUACUUCUGUGUGCUGUUUAAAUGUUUGCAGAGAAACCUACAGUUCCUUAAAGUUUUUAUCUCAAAUUCACUGAUGGCCUCAUUUCUGUUUUAUCUUACUCUUAAGAGGUAACAUGGUAAAUUUCAGAAAGCUUAGCAGCUCUUUCUAGAGUUUAACCCUUGCUUUGCUUGAGUCCUGAACCUUGAUUUUUAAAUCUUUCUCUGAAAUCAUGGCUUGCUAUAUUUUGAGGGGAAAGGACUGAGGUGCACACACUGCAUGUGUUGUGUGUGUGGAGGGGGAAAAAUAUGUUGAAAAAACUGGAAGUGUAAUUCUUGUUGCACAUAACUUGGGUGGUGCUUUCACUGUUUUGUUUCCCACCAGUAAUUUCACCUGCAUGUAAAACAUAUACAUUAAAAAAUUUAAAACGAAAGUCAUGGUGGUCUCAGUGCUCAAAGGGGUUAACUGCAGUUUAAUAACCGCUGAUGUUUUUAGAUUUGCAGUACACAACUGUUUAAAUACUGUAUUCCUUGUAAAUGAAGUAAAAAAAAAAAAAAAUGUUAAGGCUGGUGCCAAUAUUUUUGUUAAUGAAAUGUUCAUUGUUGUCUCUCACUACAGUCUGGUCAGAACACUUUGUGUAUAAGCUGGGCCUGAAGCCAUUUUAUAGCUUGUAGGCCUAAUUGUGUAACUUUUUCUUUCAUAAUGUUUUUGUUAUAAUAUCUACUGUCAUUUCUUUCGUAUAAAUAUGACAUGUAAAUUGUCAUAAUAAAAAAAUUAAAUAACUUGA